GAUUUAAGGGAGAGGAUCCAGAGCGGCGCAAUUCCACCUUCCAUCUGUUUCGAUUCUUUUCUCGACGAUGUAAAGAAUUCAAUCAGGGGCAUCAAAAUGCAUGAUCGUUACGCAAAAAUUCGGUGAAGAAAUCACUAAGGCGACGACAUGGAACCGCCGGUCCGGCAGCCGAGCUUUCGCCGGAAAAAGAUGACGAAGCAGCUCACCGGAAAGAGGGACGACACCCCCCUGCACACCGCCGCCAGGUCCGGAAAUUUGCCGGCGGUGAAGGAGCUCAUUUCCAACGCGCAGGACCAAGGAUUGCAGGAUUUGUUAGGCAAGCAGAACCAAGCAGGGGAGACUGCUCUGUUCGUCGCGGCCGAGUACGGCUACGUCGACGUGGUGAAGGAGAUGAUCGAACACCAUGACGUCACCAUGGCCGGCGUCAAGGCUAAGAACGGCUUCGACGCCCUCCACAUCGCCGCCAAGCAAGGGGACGUAGAGGUGGUGAAGGUGCUGCUGAACGCGUUGCCGGAGCUCUCCUUGACGGUGGACUUGACGAACACCACCGCGCUCCACACGGCGGCGGCGCAGGGCCACAUCGAGAUGGUGAACCUUCUGCUGGCGGCCGACAACAGCCUCUCGCUGAUCGCGAGGAGCAACGGGAAGACGGCGCUGCACUCGGCGUCGAGGAACGGGCACUUGGAGGUGGCGAAGGCUCUGCUGAGGAAAACGCCUGCGAUCGCGAUGAGGACGGAUAAGAAAGGACAGACCGCGCUCCACAUGGCCGCCAAGGGGACGAGCCCGGAGAUGGUGGAGGCGCUCCUCGCCGCCGAGCCGGCUCUGCUUAAUGCCCUCGACAAGAAGUGGGACACGCCGUUGCAUAUCGCGGCCAGGAAAUGCCGAGCUCCGAUAAUAAAGAUAUUGAUGGAGGCGGAGGCGGAGGCGGUGGAGAAGAAGGCUAUCAACAAGACAGGGGAGACGGCGCUGGAUGUGGCAGAGAAAAUUGGGGAUGAAAAGAUCACCGGAAUGCUGGUGGCUGGCGGAGUGCCGACGGCGCGGGCUGUUCGGCCGCCGCCUGCAGCCGCGGGGAACCCGGCGAGGGAACUGAAGCAGACGGUGAGCGACAUAAAGCACGAGGUGCAGUCGCAGAUGGAGCACACGCGGCAGACUCGGCGGCGGGUGCAGGGGAUUGCGCGGCGGCUGGACAAGCUGCACGAGGAGGGGCUGAACAACGCGAUCAACUCGACGACGGUGGUGGCGGUGCUGAUCGCGUCGGUGACGUUCGCAGCGAUCUUCACGGUGCCCGGGGAGUACGUGGACUCCGGGGGUAUGGCGCCGGGGCUGACGCUGGGGGAGGCCAAUGUGGCGCAUCAGCUACCGUUCAUGGUCUUCUUUGUGUUCGACGCGGUGGCGCUCUUCAUCUCGCUGGCGGUGGUGGUGGUGCAGACGUCGGUGGUGGUCAUCGAGCGGGGGGCCAAGCGGAGGAUGAUGGCGGUGAUCAACAAACUGAUGUGGGCCGCCUGCGUGCUGGUGAGCGUGUCGUUCCUGGCGCUGUGCUUCAUCGUAGUGGGGGCGGAAGGACGGUCGCUAGCGGUGGCGGUGACGGUGAUGGGCACGGUGAUCAUGGCGGCGACUCUGGGGACCAUGCUCUACUGGGUGAUCGCUCAUCGGAUGGAGGCAAGGAAGCUGAGGAGCAUACGGCGGUCGUCCAUCAGUAGGUCGUGCUCGUGGUCGGCGUCCGGCGACGUCACCGACGCCGACCUGUACGAUAGGGAGUACAAGAUGUACGCAAUUUAACGGAACCAGUUUUCAUAUCACCCCCGUAACUCUAUAAUAUUUACUUUUUUCCAAAAUGCCUCUGAGUUGGGAGUAUAAAUUGCUUAUUAUUUUAAAUAUAAGAUUUC